AUGAUUAAAACAUAGGAUGAUAAGAUACAGUCAUAAUAAUUUGGUCAAUAUGUAAUUUUUAUUUAUGAAGAAAAUAUCAAUUAAUUACCAGAAGGAUUUAAAGAGGAUGGUAUUUGCAUGAAGCUAAUUAAUCACAUGGAGAGUGGAAAUAGUAAUGUUCUUAAGAUACAAAACUAUGGAUGA